GCCGAACUGGCGGCGGCGGUUGCCCGGGCGACGGCUGGAGAGGUGGCGGCCCCGCCAGGGAGGCGCGGAUCAGCGCGGCGGAGCGGCAGAUUUUGGCUGAGAACUAACAGUAACCUUUCAAUAUGGGGGAUAUUCUGGCUCAUGAAUCCGAACUACUUGGACUCGUGCAAGAGGACAAAGAGGAACUGGAUGAAAGGAUUUCUUAUUUCAAAACCUACCUGGAGACCAAAGGGGCAGCGUUGAGCCAGACCACGGAGUUUCUCCCUUUCUAUGCUCUGCCUUUUGUUCCCAACCCUAUGGUACAUCCGUCAUUUAAAGAACUCUUCCAGGAUUCUUGGACUCCAGAAUUAAAGUUGAAGUUGGAAAAGUUUCUGGCUUUAAUUUUUAAAGCCAGUAACACGCCCAAGCUUUUAACGUUGUAUAAAGAGAAUGGACAAAAUCACAAAGAAAUGUUGCGGCAGCUCCACCAGCAGCUGGUAGAGGCCGAGCGGAGGUCAAUGACGUACAUGAAACGGUAUAAUAAGAUCCAGGCGGACUACCACAACCUCAUUGGAGUCACGGCAGAGCUGGUGGAUUCUCUGGAGGCCACAGUUAGCGGCAAGAUGAUCACCCCGGAGUACCUGCAGAGUGUCUGUGUCCGCCUCUUCAGUAACCAGAUGCGGCAGAGCCUGGCACACAGCGUGGACUUCACGAGGCCUGGGACGGCUUCAACCAUGUUAAGAGCCUCCUUGGCACCCGUGAAAUUGAAGGAUGUCCCAUUACUGCCCUCCUUGGAUUAUGAGAAACUGAAGAAGGAUUUGAUUUGGGGCAGCGACCGCUUGAAAGCCUUCUUGUUGCAGGCUCUGCGCUGGAGGAGCGUGCUUCAGCUGCUACACUCGAAGAGUGAGGUGGUGCGACAGUACACGGCCAGGCUCAUCAAUGCUUUCGCGUCCCUGGCAGAAGGUCGCCUCUACCUUGCCCAGAGCACAAAGGUCCUGUGGAUGCUGGAGCAACGGCUGAAGGAGGAAGACAAGGACGUCAUCACGCGGGAGAACGUACUCGGCGCCUUGCAGAAGUUCAGCCUCAGGCGCCCGCUGCAGACAGCCAUGAUUCGAGAUGGCCUCAUCUUCUGGCUGAUCGAUAUUCUGAAAGACCCCGAUUGCCUGUCCGACUACACGCUGGAGUACUCGGUGGCUUUGCUUAUGAACCUCUGCCUCCGGAGCGCAGGGAAGAAAAUGUGUGCCAAGGUGGCCAGCCUCGCACUGAAAGUUCUUUCGGAUCUGCUGGGCCAUGAAAACCACGAGAUACAACCGUAUGUGAACGGAGCGCUCUACAGUAUCCUUUCUAUCCCGUCCAUUCGUGAAGAAGCAAGAGCAAUGGGGAUGGAAGACAUCCUUCGCUGCUUCAUCAGAGAAGGCAAUGCUGAAAUGAUCCGCCAGAUCGAAUUCAUCAUCAAGCAGCUGAAUUCAGAAGAGCUACUGGAUGGUGUUCUUGAAUCCGAUGAUGAUGAAGAUGAAGAUGAUGAAGAGGACCAUGACACUAUGGAAGCCGAUCUGGACAAAGACGAACUGAUCCAGCCCCAGCUUGGAGAACUCUCAGGCGAGAAGCUCCUGACCACAGAGUACUUGGGAGUAAGUACCCCGUGA